AUGUAUACCAUAGCGCCACAAAUUAGUCUAAUACAGGUUGAUGCAGACUCUGCAGCCGUGCCUGUGUCGAGGGCCGAAACGCGCCCGUCGAAGUUGUACCAUUCUCGCGCGACACCUUCCAAAAAAAUCAUGGACGGUUUUCACAUCCACCGAACGGUCACGCGGGCAAUAAAGAGGAGAGAAUCCUCCUUCUGCCACGUAAGCAGCGGCAGGGAGAACUCUGAGAACGAACCAGCAAUUUAUGAGUCCGUUGGGCUCCCCGAAGGAGGGCGAGAGUUACGAGAAAUCAUUAGCGGCAACGGCAAGGUCCCUCACUCGCUUGAGAAUUAUGCCAAUUCCAACCAUCUUGCGAGAGUCUUUAAGGAAGUUCAACGACAGCUCAAGAAGAUCAUCAACCUCGCCGAAGAGCUCCCUAGCUUUCCUGCACUUCAAGCCGAGCUAGGCGCUGCUAGCAUGGGCGGGGAACUCUUCAAUAAGACCGAACUGACCAGGGAACAUGACCUUUGUGCCAUCGGAAAACGGAUACAGCUGCGUCUCCAAGAGAUCUCCGCCGAGUACCAAGGAAAAAUCGAAGAAUGCGAAAGCUACAUGAAGGAGAUGUCUCACACAAUACAGACUGUAUUGACGCAGCUCAACAUAACCAUCGCUCUGGGGGAUACGCGAGAUAGUUAUCAAAUGAGAACGAUCGCCUUUCUAACCAUGUUCUUCCUGCCUGUCACCUCAGUCGCGACCAUCUUCUCCAUGAACGUGUUAAACUGGAACGCCCGGGACGGACAACACGUAAUCUCUGGAUACUUUUGGGUCUUUCUGGGCGUGGCUGGGGGGCUGACGGUGUUUACGUUUCUAAUGUGGCUUCUUCUCACUUCUCAGAAGACUAGCCGAAAGGUCUCGGACAUGUUUCACUCCAAGGCAGUCUAACUGUUGCAUACUUGAAU